CUCCGAGAGAGAGAGAGAGAAAAAUUAAGUUAUUUCGAGCAUUUAGCACUUCGGCAGGUGUCCGGCAAGAUGCACCUGCAGCAAUUACACACGCAAAUGAGCGCUGCGUCAUUAUCUCCAUGACAAAUACAGCUGAAACAGCGCCCUCAAUUUUCCUGAAAACUCUAGUAGGUAACCUUUGACCGAAAGACUACGGCACGUGUGUUACAUCAGUUCGGUGGUCGGUUUCGUGAGAUUUCACUGCCAAUUUUCAACAAAAAAUGUCGUGGCUUUUUGGAUUGGGAAAAGCUCCCCCACCACAGGAAGCCCCCCAGCUUCCCACCCUACCAGAAGGACUUUUCCCGGGUGGUGGAGGAGGAGGAGAUGGUGGCAAGAAGGCCGGGGGGGAUGGUGAUGGUGGAAAGUCCGGGGCUAUACCCGGCACAGGGAGUUGGAGUAACUUCGACCCGACGGGGCUAGAGCGCGCCGCUAAGGCGGCUCGGGAGCUCGACAAAUCCCCAAAUGCAAAGGGUGCCCUGGAACUUGCGAAGAUGCAGGAAGGAACCAAGCAACAAGAGCAACUAUCUAAGAUCAAGGAGUAUGAGGGUGCGGUUGAACAACUGAAAGUUGAGCAGAUCAAAGUUCAACAAGAAGAAAAGCGGAAGACUCUUGGAGCAGAGACACAGGAGCAUCAGAAGAGAGCACAAUACCAAGACCAGUUGGCCCGCAAACGCUAUGAUGAUCAGCUCUCUCAGCAAAGACGAAUGAAUGAGGAAAACCUUGCGAGACAAGAAGAGUCGGUCAAGAAACAAGAGAGCAUGAGACGAUCAACCAUAGAGUACGAGGCGGAGCUUCGGCACAAGAAUGAAAUGAAGAAACUGGAGGCGGAGCUUAGAGGCAAGGCCAAGAUUGAGAGGGAGAAUAAGGAUAUCCAUAAUGAGCAAAUCAAACUACAGGCUGCUGAACAUCGAGAGACGGUGCUGCAGUCAAUCAAAACUGCAGGAAGUAUAAUUGGUGAUGGUCUGAAGAGUUUCAUCUCAGAUUGGGACAAAGUCUCAGCAACUGCUGCAGGGUUAACGUUGAUUGCGUUAGGCGUCUACUCGGCCAAAAUGGGUACUGGUGUUGCUGCCAGGUACAUUGAAGCUCGUCUAGGCAAACCCUCUCUAGUCAGGGAAACUUCACGGUUGACGCCAUUAGAAGUUUUACGUCAUCCGAUUACGACAACAAAGAGGCUGAUUAACAAGCCACUAGAUGCUUUGAAAGGAGUAGUCUUAAAGCCAUCACUCGAGGAGAGGUUACGUGAGAUCGCCAUAGCAACGCGGAACACAAAAUACAAUAAAGGUUUAUAUAGAAACAUUCUCAUGUAUGGCCCACCGGGAACAGGCAAGACGUUAUUUGCCAAGAAACUUGCUCUUCACUCAGGAAUGGACUAUGCCAUUAUGACAGGAGGGGAUGUGGCACCAAUGGGAAAAGAGGGGGUCAGUGCGAUGCACAAGCUCUUUGACUGGGCUUCCACAAGUAGAAGAGGUGUUCUCCUGUUUGUUGAUGAAGCUGAUGCUUUCUUAAGACGAAGAAGCACAGAGCUUAUUAGUGAAGAUGUAAGGAGUACAUUGAAUGCUUUCCUGUAUAGAACUGGAGAACAGUCCAGCAAGUUCAUGUUGGUGCUUGCUAGCAACCAACCUGAGCAGUUUGAUUGGGCAAUCAACGAUCGUCUGGAUGAGAUGGUGUCGUUUACACUUCCAGGGUUAGAGGAAAGAGAACGAAUGGUGCGAUUGUACUUUGAUAGCUACGUCAUUAAACCAGCUACUCAAGGAAAGAGGAGGUUAAAGGUUGGCCAGUUUGACUUCAAUGAGAAGUGCUCCAAGAUUGCAGAGAUGACUGAGGGUUUGUCUGGCCGAGAGAUUGCUAAGCUUGGAGUGGCUUGGCAGGCCAGUGCAUAUGCUUCUGAAGAUGGCAUUCUAACCAGUGAGAUGAUUGAUGCCAGGGUCCAGGAUGCGGUUGCUCAGCACACCCAGAAGGUUGACUGGCACAAGAGUGAAGACGCAAAGCUGGAGAAACUAGAGAAGAUCCGGGAAAUUAAAACUAAGGGAUCGUAGGAAGGCACUGGAAAAUGCUCAGCAGUGGAUGCUAAGUUAAUACCUGUGCUGUUUUCUGGAUGGACAAAAUAAGGAUGAAAACUAAUCAUUGACUCAAUUUAUUAGUCAAAACCAGGAUUUUAAAAGAGGGUUGGAGGAAUGCAAACUUUUGACCAACUCCACUGUUUCCAGCACAGCGUCCCUCUUGUGACAAGGACAAUUUUAGGUCUCUGAAUGUUUCUGUUCUUUGAUCUCCAAAACUGCUGUCACAGGGUCCCACCUUUUAUAACGUGAUAGUUUGUAGGGUCUCAAUGACUUUGUCAUAAAGGUUUUUGACCAUAUG